AUGCAUGAUGGUAGAAUAGUUGGUCUUGCUACUCCAUGUCUCGUGCAUGGUUGUACGAUACGAAAUGAAUCUAGCACUAGUGUCUAUGUACGAUUAUUAUACCAACCAAUCAAAAACCAGCAACAAGUAUUUGAAAGGCGUACUGAAUUUCAACUAGCAAAAGGUGGUGAAACACAUAUUAAAGAAGAAGAAUUUGAUAAAGGUUCAUUUCAAAUUCGUGAAACAAUUCAAACGAUUGAAGUAACUCGAGCAGAUGGAAGAAUACAGGAGAUCAAUGCACCGUUUGACAAGGUCGACAGCAUUGAACUCGAUUGGCUUUUUAUCAUUGAUCAUGCAAAUAUUCGAUCGGUCAAACAAAACAGUUGA